ACAAACAUGGCUUCUCGACUUUCACUUUCCCUUUAUCGAACUUUGGAAAAAGUGGUGGCAUAUAAACCAAACAUAAGUUUUGUCAGGUAUAUGUCACAAGACAAUCUUGAAAGCUUUACAAAAGUUUCUGACGAUGAGAAAGGCAUUAGAACUAUACAACUUAAUGAUCCUAAAAAAAGAAAUGCUUUAUCUCUCAACAUGCUGCAGGCCCUACACAAUAAUCUAAGCACAGGAAUAGAUGAUUUACGAGUGAUAAUUCUUAGAUCUCAGGGCCCAGUCUGGUCAGCAGGUCAUGACCUCAAAGAAUUGACAAGCAAGCAAGGCAGGGAAUAUCAUCGCAAAGUUUUUGAGACUUGCUCAAAUGUGAUGACAUUAAUUCAGGAUUUGCCUAUCCCAGUCAUUGCUGCUAUAUCAGGUUUAGCCACAGCUGCAGGUGCCCAGUUAGUUGCCAGUUGUGAUAUUGCUGUUGCUGCUCAAAGUGCCAAAUUUGCCACACCAGGAGUUAGUGUUGGUCUAUUCUGUUCUACCCCAGCAGUGGCUGUUGGAAGGGCAGUGCCAAGAAAAGUUGCCAUGGAAAUGCUUUUCACAGGACAUCCUAUCUCUGCCCAAGAUGCUUUACUCCAUGGUUUAGUAAGUCGGGUUGUACCAGAUGACCAGUUGAAUACAGAGGUGAGGAAGAUAGCUGAAAGAAUUUGUGAGACAAGCAGGGAGGUUGUAGCACUUGGCAAAGCAACAUUUCACGCUCAGAUGAAUUUGGAAAGGAGGGAAGCUUACAGAUUGACGUCAGCGGUGAUGGUGGAGAAUCUCUCGCUGGAGGACGGACAGGAAGGCAUAAAGGCUUUUAUUGAGAAGAGGCAACCGACGUGGUCUCAUAGGAAUAAAAAAGUCCACUAAAUAAAAACCAAUGGAAUGAUUUUAUUGCCAAAAACGCUGUGAUUUCAAAAAUGAUUGACAGUGUAUACAUGUAUAUAUUAAUUAUAUUAAAUAUAUGUAUUUAAGAUAUGCUUGCAAUUUCGUACACAAUUAUUUCCCCUAGGAUUCAAUACAAUCGGAAAAAAAAACUGUGAUUCACAUCAAAAUUGAAUUCAUAUAGAAUCUUUACUAAAGCAUGUAUAUAGAGGCUCUCUAUGCGAGCGUAAAUAGAGGAUAUGUAAUUAUAUAGGGGGGUCUUCUUUUUGUUAUUCGAUUUUUUCCCUCCAAAAAGAUCUCCAAUUUAUGUAAAUAUGUUUGUUAAUAUAUCAUUGCUAUUAUUAUAACAAUUGUUUAACGCUGAAAUUGAAAGUUCUUUGAUUCUGAUACACUUCUGUAAAGCCCCGUUCACAUGCGCAAUUUACUUAAAUUAAGCGAGAAUAGAUUUUUACGAAUUCUGAUUUUUGUUUUACAUAAUCUUUAAUAAAACUAUUAUAAGCGAGCAGAGUGAAAAGUGAUUAACAGUUAUCAGAUCAACAGUACAUAUAAAUGUCAAUAAACUGCUAUUGAUGCUAUAA